AGAGAGAGAGAGAUGUGAUGCUAUGCAUAAUGUGAAACGUUGGCUUUGCAUUAUUCUUUUCUUGAAAACAUUUGAUAUUUAGCUGAAUUGUGGUGGCCAUGAUUUGAUGCUGUUUUGUGAGAGCCGAGUCUGAGAAUCAAGCAUGGAUGUUCAGUAUCAUGAGGAGUAUGUAAAGAACUCCAGAGGUGUGCAGCUUUUCACUUGCAGAUGGCUGCCUUUGUCUUCUCCUAAAGCUCUGGUUUUUCUCUGCCAUGGUUAUGGCAUGGAGUGUAGUAAUUUCAUGAAAGGUGUAGGGGAGAAGCUUGCGAGGCAUGGAUAUGCCGUGUUUGGAAUUGACUACGAGGGCCAUGGCCGGUCAAUGGGCGCUCGCUGCUACAUCAAGAGGUUUGACAACAUUGUACAUGAUUGUAGCAACCAUUUCAAGUCAAUAUGUGCACAGGAAGAGUAUAGGGAGCAUAGAAGAUUCUUAUACGGGGAGUCGAUGGGCGGGGCAGUGGCGCUGCUGACUCACAAGAAGGAUCCUAGUUUCUGGCACGGCGCUGUUCUUGUUGCUCCUAUGUGUAAGAUCUCGGAGAAGGUGAAGCCACACCCUAUAGUUAUCAGUAUGCUAACCCAAGUUGAAGAUGUGAUACCUAAGUGGAAGAUAGUCCCAACCAAAGAUGUGAUCAAUGCAGCCUUCAAGGACCCUACAAAGCGCGAAGAGAUUCGUUGCAACAAGCUGAUAUAUCAGCAGAAGCCUAGGCUGAAGACCGCGUUGGAAAUGCUCCGGACUAGCAUGGAUCUUGAAGAUAGCUUGAAUGAGGUGACACUGCCGUUUUUCGUGCUGCACGGGGAGGCGGACACGGUGACUGACCCGGAGGUGAGCCGGGCGCUGUACCAGCGGGCCAGCAGCGCGGACAAGACCAUGAAGCUUUACCCGGGGAUGUGGCACGGCCUCACAGCAGGGGAGCCGGACGACAACAUUGAGGUGGUUUUCUCGGACAUCAUAUCAUGGCUCGAUAGGCACGUUGAUGCGCCCCUUGUGCCCCCGAGCGCCAAGGCUGUGGUGGCGGUCACGGUGCAGAAGAAGCCGCCUAAAGCGCGGUCGCGGAUGAGGUAUCUAUGUGGCUUGAAGGGCCGGAGUUUGUGCCACCAUUCAUCCACCUAGUUUCUUGUACUAGGGGAGAAUCCAGAGAUCAAUGUGUAUUUUGUUUCGGAUCUACAAGUACUUGAUAGAAAUCCAUGAGUUCUAUCCUAAAACCAAUUGGUGAUAGGAGGAGGGCCCAUGAGACUUAUAUACUAGUUUCAGUUUUCUCUUGACACCGA